GCGAUUUCAUUCAUCCAAAGACUGCUAUCGCAUCCUAGCACGGAACAGUCACACGCAGACGAUAGGGGCUACCGAGCGAAUUGCAGCGCAUAUAAGGGACUCUGGCGCUGCAGACGCUUCUCGAGGCCAGGGGGUGAAACAUAUUGCAGCCCAGCUUCCCCAUGGCUACACACACUAGUCACUAUGAGUGCUGUUCUGCGCGGACGAUGUCGUCGAGUGAGAGAGACACAAACUCCUCGGGGAACCAGCCCUGCUGCCCCCUCUCCUCCACCCACCCAUACGUCCACCCGUGAGAAGCCCGCUCAAUCACCUGACCACACACAGACAAAAACCCAUCCACAUCCACCCACAGCCUCAAUGCGGCGUGCAUUGUGCCGACGCUCAUUUGACCCACCUGUAUUUGGUCUUGCGGGUAGACGGUAAGCAGUUCGCUCCCACCGUAUUCUCCUUUCUUGGCGCGCCAAUACCUCGCCGCACUCAGCACUUCUGCUUCCUCGUCUUUCUCCUUCCCAUUCUCGCUGCGACCCUCGCCGGGUCGAUAGUCAUGCUCAGCCUCUUUGCUGUCGUUUCUUGCCGGGCUGCUGUCGUCUUCUCUAGGUCUCAGUUCCUCGAUGCUCUGUCUCAGCCGCUCCAGGAAAGAUCCAGCGGCACUCGUGUUCUCGCGAGACGUUGAUUCGGAAGCGGCCUCUGUGUCGGCUGUUGUCGUCCGCAGGCUGUCGGCCUGGAAGCAGGGCUGCUUGCGCUUGGCUGCCAUGGCACUGUGUGGGGCCAGUGAAGGCACGCUGCUGCGGUGGCCGACGGAUGUUUCCAUCUCUGCCGGUCUUGAGGAAGCCUCGCUCGCACUGCAGCUGGAGCCUUGCAAGUAAGGCAGUUCCAGAGAGAUAAUGCCGUCCUGCUGCUGCCUUGAUAGAGAGAGCCCGCUUGCAAGCAUUCCGUGUGCUGAGCAUGUUUGUGAGCAGGUUUGUGGUGUCUUCCGUGUGGGCCUGUCAUCGUGAGCAUCGCGUCUCUUGGGAGAUUUGGUUGGUUUCGCUGGGGUGCUUCCCAGCACCAACGCAGUCGCCCUCUUCAGUGGCGAUACCGACCAGGAUGCCGCCUCUUCUCUAGUCUCUUCCUCGAAGCUGCCGAGUGUGCUGCCCGCCGGAUUGGCGAUGGAGUUUUGUGGGUGCACCUCGUCUGCAGGUUGAGUUUCGGGUCGGCCAAGCCACAAGAUGGUCGCCGGGGUUUUGGCAGUGAGGCGCUGUCGCGACGAGUUUGACGCCUUCAGCAGGCUUCCAGGGCCCAAUGCAAGUGUUCGCCCUUCAUCAGAUGAUUGGUUCAUUAGGUAGCCCGAUUCUGUCCGACGCAAACAGUGCAAAAUGUGCAUCGAAGGAGCAAGGCGUUCAUGUCUCGUUUCGUUCUUACCGAUUACGCCGGUAGGCGACCUGGAUUGGCCAUCCAUAGAAGGGAUUUCCACCUUCGCUCCUUCAUGGUAGAUCUCCAUCCUUGCAUUCGCGAUGAGAUCCUCAAGCAGGUGUAUGUCUGGCUGCUCGUCAUGAGCCAUCAGAAUCUUGUACAGCCACUGACGACGAGCAGCAUGGAGCGUGUCUCCCUCUUUGCAUGCCACAGCACCGGUCGGUUCCUUUGGGAUGCAUGUGGGUCCAUCUGAAUGCAUCGUUUGUACCCACGCAGGCACCGCUGGCUUCUCAAAACCGUCGAGAGAUGCUGUGAGUGAGGCGAAGGAAGCUUCGUGCUCUUUUGUGUCGACGACCUAAAGAUUCGGAGAGGGAUGACAGUUGCUGAAGCGUCUGGGCAUCCCAUCUGUAUUCUACCUGGUCGCAUGUGGGCAAGACAGCAUCGAUAUUCUCGCUUCUCAGCUCAUGCAUUCGGAUUGGCUGUCCACCUGAACCAAGAAGGUGCAUUGCCAUCCAUCCAGCCUGCUGCCUUCUCGUUACUGUUCACUGCCCUCCUACCUGGUCUGAGCGGAGGAAGUGUCUCGCCGCUUGCAGAGCCAUCAUUUAUCAGAUCUCUCUUCUUCACAUAAUACUCGAGUGCACCCACCUGCAGACAGCGAGGAGCAGUCUGUGAAAGGGAGUGAUUGGCAGGGAGCCAUUGGAUGUGGUUGUAUACCUGAGACGAUUGCAGGAAAUGGAAACGGACGUCUUCGUGGAUCUCCGCCAGGGCGCGGCGAUGGCUGGCCACUGAUGCCUCCAGCAACCUGACGACAGGCGAAAAUGCGUUAAGUCUUCAAUCAAUGCACGACUAAAUGAGAGCCACGUGGGUGAGAGUGACGCAUACCUCAGCUUGUCUUCGUAUGGAGAGCAGAUGGCAUCCGCAUGCUGAACGAAUGAUGUAUCGGCAAAGUCAUGUCGAGACAGGCAGAUCGCCUUGCACCAUGCUCACCUGUUGCAGCUCUGCUUCCUUGGUACUGAUGUUUGUCCGCAGUGUCUGUGUGAAGGCGAAAUGCAGCUGAAUCUAGCUGUGCUGUCUAGCGUUUUGCGUUGAUUCUGUACUUUGAAUGUGUUCCGAAUCCUAUCCUUGAACGAGUGCAGCAGUCGUCGCAUCUCCAUCUGUGGUGAGACAUAUCAAUUACGGAAACAGCAAAGUCAUCAAUCGGUAGUCUAAAUACCCAUGCCGUCUGACCUUCUGCUGCUCUGCAAGAGAAACGAUCCGCCUCAGCCGUGCCACGUACUCGUCCACCUGGCGGGCCUCACUCUCGAGCUGUGCACACAGCCACACACAUGUAAGCAGGGCUCGACAACGCAGAGAAGCGCUGCUUCUCCUUUACCUUCUCUCUGUAUCCUGUGCUUUGGCUCCCCUGCGCAGACGUAGAGGCGCCCACAGAGUCCCCACAGUGCUGAGAUUGAAGUGCCGACGCCGAGGGCGCUACGUGUGCUUCAUGUGACAGUUCUCGAGGCUGUCUUGGGCGCUGCAUAUGGAGAGAAAAAUGACAGCAAAGAAGAGACAUCGUUCCUCAGAUAACUGCACACUUGUGUCUGACUGACCUUUGCAGUGCUGCCAGCCAAUGAGCGGAGCCAGGCGUCCUCGAUAGCGGCCGAGCCGAUGGUGUGGCCCUGCAUGUCUGGGGCUUCAUGCCGGAGGACGCAGCACUCACUGCAGAGGAACGAAUCGCAGCUUCUGUGCACAAACACAACAGAGGAAAAAGCGGAUGCACUCAAAAACUGUCUUUCCCCGUGUGUGUAUGACGUACCUGCAGAACAUCGUUGCCCUCACCCGACCGCAGCUGCAAGUGCGCUGCGAGGAUGCCAUUAGAGAGUCCGUGAGUGUGAGCGAGGAACGACGUCCAGACGCGUUCGGCAACACCACAGACACUGCGUCAUCCAUCAUCCUAUCCCUUCUUGCAGUGAUUUC